UUUUUUUUUUGCAGCAUCAGUACCGCGCUCGUAUCGCAUUCGUUUGCUGGAGUCGGAGCGCGCUGCGGGGCGACACUGCACCGCCAAGGAGGACGCACAAGCACGGUAGAGGGGGGACUAGAGAAAAGGAAAAAAGGCAGAGAAGGUAGCUAACAGGGGAGACUCAUAAGCUAUCCCCUCAUUUGAAUACUAGAAGAAAAUAUCAAAUUGUCGGACCUUUGGACAUAAGAAGACAACGAGGCGGAAAAACCCAGGCGAUUAUAUUUUAGCCAGCACGGCGGGGAAACAAUGAAGGAUCGUACACAAGAACUACGAAGUGCUAAGGACAGCGAUGAUGAUGAAGAAGUUGUCCAGGUUGACCGGGAUCACUUCAUGGAUGAGUUCUUCGAACAGGUGGAAGAGAUCCGAGUCUGUAUAGAUAAGCUGUCAGAAGAUGUGGAGCAGGUCAAGAAGCAGCAUAGCGCCAUCCUGGCAGCGCCCAACCCUGACGAAAAGACCAAGCAGGAGUUGGAGGACCUCACAGCUGACAUCAAGAAGACAGCCAAUAAAGUUCGCUCAAAAUUAAAAGCAAUCGAGCAGAGCAUUGAGCAGGAGGAGGGGCUGAACAGAUCAUCUGCAGACCUGCGAAUUCGUAAGACACAGCACUCGACGCUGUCACGCAAGUUUGUAGAGGUGAUGACCGAGUACAACACCACGCAGUCCAAAUACAGGGACCGCUGCAAGGACCGUAUCCAGAGACAGCUGGAGAUCACUGGGAGAACAACCACCAACGAGGAGCUGGAGGAUAUGCUGGAGAGUGGCAAGCUUGCCAUUUUCACCGAUGAUAUCAAGAUGGACUCUCAGAUAGACAAGCAGGCUCUGAAUGAGAUUGAGACCCGACACACCGAGAUCAUCAAGCUGGAGAACAGCAUCCGUGAGCUGCACGACAUGUUUGUGGACAUGGCCAUGCUGGUCGAGAGUCAGGGAGAGAUGAUUGACAGAAUUGAGUACAACGUGGAACACUCCGUGGACUUUGUGGAGCGGGCGGUGUCUGACACCAAGAAGGCUGUCAAAUACCAGAGCCAGGCUCGCAAGAAGAAGCUCAUGAUCAUCGUCUGCUGUACUAUUUUGGGAGUCGUCUUGGCAUCCACUAUCGGCGGAUACCUGGGCUUUUAAUGACGACAACGACGAAAGGCGGCCACAAGAGAAAAAAAACACACAGAGAGAAAAA